ACAGUUCUCAGGGUUUUUCUGGGGAAAGCCUUCCAGCCGCCCUCCAAGGCUUCCAGCCUUCCUCCAAGACCAGUUGCUGUGGGUGCCCGCAACCUGUGAACUCACGCCAGCUCCUUGAGACUUCACAGAAGGCCAAGGCGUUCCAGGACACACAGAGGCUGUGGCCAACUGCCCAGGGGGCGGGGAAUGCUCUCUGUUCUCAGUCGCCCUUCAGGUUCUGUGCCCUGGGGGCCUGGCAGUGGCAGAAUCAUGUGGGCACCUGGUGCGGUGGCCCGGGAACGAGUGCCCCUCCCGGAGGCUCCUCCAGGAUGUUGAUCUCCAACUCAGCUUGGGAUCUUUUUCUUUCACUUUUCUUUUAGCUGGGGUUGGGACUCCCCAGCUGGAAAGCGCACUGGGAAACCGGGGAAACCCCAGCUGAUUCGCCCCUCGUACCUUGAUUGCUCACACUGGCUGCCGCCUCGCACCCUGCAGCCAGAACUCGAUGGAGAGUCCAUGCCGACACAUGGCCCUCUGGCUCUUUGAAGCAGUGUCUCUUCGUGGUCCACGCUGGUGAGGUCCUUUAGAGCACACGGCCCCUGUCAGCAGAUAACCAGCCUACAGGAGGUCAAAAGGCGUUCUGCAUGGAUGGCAGCUGGAAGCCCAUCGCCAUAGCCAGCUCUUCACCACUUAAGCAAUUACCUGGGCAUUAAGUAAUGAAAAUUUUGAAACCAUAUAUGAGGAAUACAUCCAUCUCGUGCUACUUGUGUUUCCUGCUAAACAGUCAUUUCCUAACUGAGGCUGGCAUUCAUGUCUUCAUUUUGGGCUGUGUCAGUGUAGGUCUCCCUAAAACAGAGGCCAACUGGAGGGAUGUACUGAGUGAUCUAGAAUAUAUUGAGUCUCUUAUUAAAUCUGUCCAUAUUGAUGCCACUUUAUACACAGACAGUGACUUCCAUCCCAGUUGCAAAAUUACUGCAAUGAAUUGCUUUCUGCUGGAGUUACGGGUUAUUUUACACGAGUACAGUAACGUGGACCUUAAUGGAACAAUAGAAAACGUGAUGUUACUAGCAAACAGCUCUCUGUCUUCUAACAAGAAUAUAACAGAAUAUGGCUGCAAGGAAUGUGAAGAACUGGAGGAGAAAAGCUUCAAAGAGUUUUUGCAGAGUUUUAAAAGCAUCGUCCAAAUGUUCAUCAACACUUCGUGAUUGUCGCUGAUGCUCUCCAGGGUUUCUGUUAUUACCACGCCGCUGCCUGCUGUGCAGAGGCAGUGCCACUCUGUGCCUCUGAGAUCCGCUGGGGAAACAAAGCAGCCGAAGCAGUGGCCGAUGAACCCCUUGGAUCAGAUGAACUCCGGGAGACGACCGGAGGAAAGGAACUCUACUCAGGCAUCUUUUGCUCCUUUUUAAUUUAUUACUGCGCUUGUACAUAUUUGUAAUAUAACAGAAGAUGUGGAAUAAAGCUCU